CUAUAUAAAAUAUAGUAACAAAAUUUGUGGUUACCCUGUUGCUAAUACACCAUUGUACAUAUACGUUUAUAUAUAAUUAAUACAUUUUACAAGAAGUUAGUUAUUUAUAUAAAGAGUAAUUCUUGAAAGAAAAGACUACAAACAAUUAUACUGCAUAAGUGUAUCUACUACUGACAUUAUACAAAAUUAUAAUAUGUAUUCCCUGGAAGAUGAUCAAUAUGAUGAUGAAGAUACAGAAGAAAUUUCAACAAAACUUUGGCAAGAAGCCUGUUGGAUUGUUAUUAAUGCCUAUUUUGAUGAAAAAGGUCUUGUAAGACAACAACUUGACAGUUUUGAUGAGUUUAUUGAAAUGUCAGUUCAGAGAAUCAUUGAGGAUUCACCUCAAAUUGAUUUACAAGCCGAAGCACAACAUACUUCUGGUGAAGUAGAAAAUCCUAUUAGACAUUUAUUAAAAUUUGAACAAGUUUAUUUGUCUAAACCUACGCAUUGGGAAAAAGAUGGAACUCCAUCCCCUAUGAUGCCUAAUGAAGCAAGGCUACGAAAUUUGACAUAUUCAGCACCAUUGUAUGUAGAUAUAACUAAAACAAUUGUAAAAGAUAGAAACGACCCCAUUGAAACACAACACCAAAAAACGUUUAUAGGAAAAAUUCCAAUCAUGUUAAGAUCAAAAUAUUGUUUACUUGCUGGCUUAUCUGAUCGUGAUUUAACAGAGUUGAAUGAAUGUCCAUUAGACCCAGGAGGCUACUUUAUUAUUAAUGGAUCAGAAAAGGUACUUAUUGCCCAAGAAAAAAUGGCAACAAAUACAGUUUAUGUCUUUAGUAUGAAAGAUGGCAAGUACGCAUAUAAAUCAGAAAUUCGUUCUUGUUUGGAACAUAGUUCACGACCUACAUCCACGUUGUGGAUUAACAUGAUGGCAAAGAGUGGAGCUAGUAUUAAAAAAUCUGCUAUAGGCCAACGUAUUAUUGCGAUUAUUCCAUACAUUAAACAGGAAAUUCCUAUUAUGAUUGUGUUCCGCGCACUUGGGUUUGUGGCAGAUCGCGAUAUUUUAGAACAUAUCAUAUAUGAUUUUGAUGAUCCUGAAAUGAUGGAAAUGGUAAAACCUUCCUUAGAUGAAGCAUUCGUAAUACAAGAACAAAAUGUGGCCCUAAAUUUUAUAGGUACUAGAGGUGCAAGACCUGGAGUAACCAAAGAAAAACGUAUUAAAUAUGCUAGAGAAAUUUUACAAAAGGAAAUGCUUCCACAUGUAGGUAUAAGUGAUUUUUGUGAGACCAAAAAAGCUUACUUUCUUGGUUACAUGGUACAUCGUUUACUGUCAGCCUCUUUGGGCCGAAGAGAAUUGGACGACCGAGAUCACUAUGGUAACAAAAGACUAGAUUUAGCUGGACCUUUACUGGCAUUCUUAUUCAGAGGGCUGUUUAAAAAUCUAGUGAAAGAAGUGCGAUUGUAUGCGCAGAAGUUCAUAGAUAGAGGAAAAGAUUUUAACCUUGAACUUGCUAUAAAAACCAAAAUUAUUACUGACGGCUUAAGAUAUUCGCUUGCCACGGGAAAUUGGGGAGAUCAAAAGAAAGCUCAUCAAGCUAGAGCUGGUGAUGCUGGAAGGAUCAGUAGGCCUUUAUUAAUUGUUGAAGGACAAAGUCUGUUAUUAAAGAAAAGUCAUAUUGAUAUGUUAAAGGAAAGAGAUUACAAUAAUGACGGAUGGCAACAAUUAGUUGGUAGUGAAGUUGUUGAAUAUGUUGAUACAUUGGAAGAGGAAACUGUUAUGAUUGCGAUGAUCAAAUUCUUACAAGUUCUGGUUGGACAACCUAUGGAAGCAAGAGCAAGAGAUGGAGGUUUGCGAUUUGGUGAAAUGGAACGUGAUUGUCAAAGGGAACGUUUGUUCGAAGCAUCAGAUCCAUAUCGGAUACAUAUAUGUAAUUUUUGUGGUUUAAUUGCAAUAGCUAAUUCGAGGAAUAAUACAUUUGAAUGCAAGGGAUGUAAAAACAAAACACAAGUUUCUCAAAUUAAAUUGCCAUACGCGGCAAAAUUACUCUUCCAAGAACUUAUGGCAAUGAACAUUGCACCCUGGUUAAUGGUAACAUAAACAUUAAUAUAGUUACCAAAACACUAGACUAUUGGAAUGUGCGGAAUCUGAAGUUACCGAUUCCGAGUAGAUUGAAAAUAUUUGGUUAUGGAUAGUCUGAUUCUAGUCAGACUUAGAUAUAUCUAAUUUAAAUUUAAGUUGCUGAAUUUUGUGCGGAUCCCGCAUAGUCCUACUAGUCAUACAUUUAUUUAUUAUAAAUGAAAUGUAACAACGUAUCCGAACCUCAAACUUUAUAAUAAAUAUCAGACAUAUUUUUUA